AAAGUUUGGCGGACUUUAUCCUCCGUGAAGACGCAGUUUUUUUGUUGUAGCCUCAUGGACAGAUUUCAGUUUCACAACUGACAGCCAGCGGCGGGAGUCUCUUCUCGACAGAUCUCCACUUACCAGGUAAACCACAACCAUGUCUUUAACAAACGGCCACAGUAUGAGCAAGGAAACAUGGGAAUCGCACAACAAGAUGAUGUUGGAGCCUCUGUCCAUCAACGACUCUGAGGUGUUCUCCAUCAUAAAAAAAGAGAAGCACAGGCAGGUUUACGGUCUGGAGCUGAUCGCUUCCGAGAACUUUGCCAGCAGAGCUGUUCUCGAGGCUCUGGGUUCCUGUAUGAACAACAAGUACUCUGAAGGAUAUCCUGGACAGAGGUACUAUGGUGGUACGGAGCAUGUUGACGAGCUGGAGAGACUCUGUCAGAAGAGGGCGCUGGAGGCCUUCGGUCUGGACUCAGAGAAAUGGGGCGUCAACGUGCAGCCAUACUCAGGUUCGCCAGCCAACUUCGCCGUCUACACGGCCAUUGUGGAGCCCCAUGGCAGGAUCAUGGGACUGGACCUUCCUGAUGGAGGUCACCUGACACACGGCUUCAUGACUGAGAAAAAGAAAAUCUCAGCGACGUCCAUCUUCUUUGAGUCCAUGCCAUACAAGGUGAAUCCAGAAACUGGCUACAUUGACUAUGACAGACUGCAAGAAAACGCACGGCUCUUCCACCCAAAACUCAUCAUUGCAGGAACAAGCUGCUAUUCCCGCAACAUUGACUACGCUCGCAUGAAGCAGAUUGCUAAUGAGAAUGGUGCAUAUCUGAUGGGAGACAUGGCUCACAUCAGUGGACUGGUGGCAGCUGGAGUGGUGCCCUCGCCCUUCGAGUACUGUGACAUUGUUUCCACAACAACACACAAGACGCUGCGCGGCUGCCGAGCUGGAGUUAUAUUCUACAGGAAAGGUGUGCGGAGUGUGGAUGCAAAGGGGAAGGAGGUUCUGUACAACUUGGAGUCUUUGAUCAAUCAGGCUGUGUUUCCAGGGCUGCAGGGAGGACCACACAACCACGCUAUCGCAGGUGUUGCUGUAGCUCUCAAACAAGCCAUGACACCAGAGUUCAAGGCCUACCAGAUGCAGGUUCUUGCAAACUGCAAAGCUCUAUCAAGUAGCCUUAUUGACCACGGGUACAAGAUAGUCACUGGCGGCUCUGACAACCAUCUGAUCCUACUGGACCUGCGCAACAAAGGAAGUGAUGGAGGACGAGCUGAGAAGGUUCUGGAAGCCUGUGCUAUUGCUUGUAAUAAGAACACCUGUCCAGGGGAUAAGAGCGCUUUGCGCCCCAGUGGUCUGAGGUUUGGCUCUCCAGCUCUGACCUCCAGAGGUUUGGUGGAAGAUGACUUCAAGAAGGUGGCUGAGUUCAUUCACAGAGGCAUUGAGCUGACCUUGGAGGUGCAGAGAAGUCUGGAUCCCAAGGCCCCUCUGAGGGAGUUCAUUCAGGCUCUUUCCCAGGGAGAGAAGUUCCAGCAGCGGGUAUCUGAGAUCAGGACAGAGGUGGAGGCUUUCGCUGGUCGUUUCCCCAUGCCUGGCCUACCUGAGCUGUAAAGGGUGGAGCUUCUGACACUGAUGGCUGCUGGACUGAUGACUAUUGCAAACAUUAUCAUACCAAUUUUGGUGGUGUGUUGUUCCGUGUGUAUAUUUGUUGUAAGUGUACACCUAUGAAAUCUGUCAAAGCUCAUAUCAAGACGCUUCCUUGUGACUUCACAGCAGUCAUGGAUAGACAACAUUACAGCUCGGAACAGACUUGUCUCAAUGAAAAGAUUUGUGUGCGGAUGAGCAGACAUCAUUGUCCUCUAGUUGUUCAGUAUUGCUAUAAUACCUUCGCUGUUUCAUGUUUUUUUUCUCAACUGUCAACAUAAGAUGUUACAUUUACAUUUAAGCUUUAAUCUUGAAAGCAAUCUCCACUUCCUUUUGUAGUGAGUUUCCAAGUUCAACGUUUCCUUACAGGCAGCACUGCAGAUUGAAGCACAAAGUGACUAUUAGUUUCAUAAAUGAGCGUCCUGUGUUACACACUGUAUGCACAUAUACAGUUUGAUACAUAAUAAAACUACCAUUGUUAACUAUAA